CGCGUGCGCACUGGCCCCUAACGCGCCCCGCCCGGGGGAGGGUUGAAGCUACGCAUGCGCAGGGAGCCUUGCGAGACCGCCUGUCAUCCAUUCCCGAGCAAAUCGCGCCAGCGGAGGAGCACAAUGCGUGAAUGUAUUUCCAUCCAUGUUGGCCAGGCUGGUGUCCAGAUGGGCAAUGCCUGCUGGGAGCUGUAUUGUUUAGAACAUGGUAUUCAACCUGAUGGGCAGAUGCCCAGUGACAAGACCAUUGGAGGGGGAGAUGAUUCCUUCAACACCUUCUUCAGUGAGACUGGUGCAGGAAAACAUGUCCCACGUGCUGUCUUUGUUGAUUUGGAACCAACUGUAAUUGAUGAGAUUCGUAGUGGUACCUAUCGGCAGCUGUUCCACCCUGAGCAGCUCAUCACCGGGAAGGAAGAUGCUGCCAAUAACUAUGCUCGUGGGCACUACACCAUCGGCAAGGAGCUCAUUGAUUUGGUCCUUGACAAGCUCCGUAAACUUGCUGACCAAUGCACAGGUCUCCAGGGUUUCCUCAUUUUCCACAGCUUCGGUGGAGGCACAGGCUCUGGAUUCACGUCCCUGCUGAUGGAACGUCUCUCUGUUGACUACGGCAAGAAGUCCAAACUUGAAUUUGCCAUCUACCCAGCUCCUCAGAUCUCCACAGCUGUGGUUGAACCUUACAACUCUAUCCUGACGACACAUACGACUCUCGAACACUCAGACUGUGCCUUCAUGGUAGAUAAUGAAGCUAUCUAUGACAUCUGCCGCAGAAACCUGGACAUUGAACGCCCAACCUACACUAAUUUGAACCGUCUAAUUGGUCAGAUAGUGUCCUCCAUUACAGUGUCUCUUCGUUUUGAUGGUGCUUUGAAUGUUGACCUGACAGAGUUUCAGACCAAUUUAGUUCCCUAUCCACGUAUCCAUUUCCCUCUGGCUACCUAUGCCCCUGUAACAUCAUCUGAGAAAGCUUACCAUGAGCAGCUGUCUGUGGCUGAAAUCACCAAUGCCUGCUUUGAACCGGCAAACCAAAUGGUCAAGUGUGACCCACGCCACGGCAAGUACAUGGCUUGUUGCCUGCUCUACCGUGGUGAUGUGGUGCCAAAAGAUGUCAAUGCUGCCAUUGCUGCCAUUAAAACCAAACGCACUAUUCAGUUUGUGGACUGGUGCCCAACUGGUUUCAAGGUUGGCAUCAACUACCAGCCCCCUACGGUGGUGCCAGGUGGGGACCUGGCCAAGGUGCAGCGAGCUGUGUGUAUGCUAAGCAACACCACAGCCAUCGCUGAAGCUUGGGCUCGUCUGGACCACAAGUUUGAUCUGAUGUACGCCAAGCGCGCCUUUGUGCAUUGGUACGUGGGUGAGGGGAUGGAGGAAGGGGAAUUCUCAGAGGCUCGUGAAGACAUGGCUGCCUUGGAGAAAGAUUAUGAAGAGGUGGGUGCUGAUAGUGUUGAGGAUGAUGGUGAAGAAGAAGAAUAUUAGGAAAAGUGAAACAUUCCUCACUGUUUGGUUGAGAUCAGUUUGCUGGUCGGCUGCAAAGUGACCUUUAAGAAGUCAUGUACUUACACUUUCUUUCCUCCCCAAGUGGAAGUUGUGCUAUUAAUGCUCACGUUAUGCCACUUUAGUGGUAGGUUUCAAGUUUCAAUGUUAACUUGUUUGUAGCAUUUAAAAAACUGAAAAUCCUCGAACUCUGUCGGUAACUUGUAAAAGCUUACAUUCCAGAAUAAGGAUUUGACAAUUUUUGACAUACUUUAAUUGUACACCCAGUUUGUAGUCAUCAUCCCUAUACCAUGAGGAAUGGAAGUGCACCAUACAAAUAAUUUGACCCAUCAUGGUCUUACUACUUUCUUGACAAUGUAUAUCUUAAAUUGUAAAUUAUUCAAUCUCACAUUUUUAAUUUACUUUUUAGACUUGAAUAAUUAUCAAUCCAGGUAAUAGUGACUUCCUAAUCCUGGCUAUGCUGUGCUUGUGAAGACACUGCACGCAGCACUACCCUGUUGGGAAACAAAUACAUUUUGCUAAAAGUAACUAACUAACAUUGUUUUGCAAUGUAUUUUGGAUUAAUUAUGAAGUUCAGAUGGAAGGAAUUAUGUCUGUGUUUUAUUGUUCUGCACCAGGAGUGAAGCUAUAGGUGUAUGCUUAACAGGGUCUAUAAGUAUUUCAGGAGACUAAUUGAACAGCUUAAUCUCGAGCACAGUACUAUUAAAGUGACAUAUUUGCAUCAAAAUGGCACAACUUCCAACUUACUGUUGGGAAAUAUAAUUAACCACUUCUAAGAUUUGUAAUGUUAAGAAUAAAAUGUUUCAAUAAACUUCUGUGACUCUAUAAAAA